AGAACUCGGUGACUUUCAAAGUGGUACGGUCAUAGGAUGCCUCCUUUCCAACAAGUCAGUUCGUCAAAUUUCUGCCCUGGUUAACUAGACGUGGUGUUAUUGUCAAGUGGAAACUUCAUGGUUUAAGCUAGGCCCUGUAUUUCCAGUGAAAGGGCAUUCUAGACGGUUUUAUGCUUCCAACUUUGUGGCAACAGUUUAAGUUCCUUUGCUGUUUCAGCAUGACAGUGCACAAAGCGAGGUCCAUACUGAAAUGGGUUGUCGAGGUUGGUGUGGAAGAACUUGACUGGCCUGCAUAGAGCAUUGACCUCAACCCCAUCGAACACCUUUGGGGUGAAUUGCAACGCUGACUGCGAGUUAGGCUUAAACGCCAUCAGUCCUCCAUCUCACUAAUGCUGUUGUUGUUGAAUGGAAGCAAGAACCCGCAGAAACUGUUCCAACAUAUAGUGGAAAGACUUCCCAGAAGAGUGGAGGCUGUUUUAGCAGCAAAGGGGGGGACAAACUCUAUAUUAAUACCCAUGAGAUGUUCGACGAGCAGGAGAAUGGCAGCUAAGGUGAAUGGCAGUUCAGCUCUGGUUAAAGAGGACGAGGAGCCCAUGGACAUAACUGUAACACACACAGAGCUCUACCAGACCCUCAUAGACGCAGGCCUUCCACAGAAAGUGGCGGAGAGCCUGGAUAAGAUAUUUCAGACUGGACUGGUGGCUUACACUGACCUGGAUGAGAGAGCCAUUGACGCCCUCAGGGAGUUCAAUGAGGAGGGAGCCUUGUCAGUGUUACUGCAGUUCAAGGAGAGUGACCUGUCACAUGUGCAGAACAAAAGUGCGUUUCUCUGUGGCGUGAUGAAGACAUACAGACAGCGAGAAAAGCAAGGAAGUAAAGUUCAAGAAUCCACAAAGGGACCUGAUGAGACUAAGAUAAAGGCUCUUCUGGAAAGAACAGGUUACACUUUGGAUGUCACCACAGGACAGAGGAAGUAUGGGGGGCCUCCACCUGACGAGGUGUACUCAAGGGCCCAGCCUGGAAUCGGAACAGAGGUAUUUGUCGGCAAGAUCCCCAGGGACCUGUAUGAGGAUGAGCUGGUCCCUCUGUUUGAGAAAGCCGGUCCUAUUUGGGACCUGCGUCUGAUGAUGGACCCCCUUCUCUCGGGUCAGAACAGAGGAUAUGCCUUCAUCACCUUCUGCAAUAAAGAUGCUGCCCUAGAGGCCGUCAAGCUUUGUGAUAAUUAUGAAAUCCGGUCAGGUAAAUACCUGGGUGUCUGCAUCUCUGUCGCAAACAAUCGUCUGUUUGUUGGGUCAAUUCCAAAGAACAAGACAAGAGAAAGCAUAUUGGAAGAUUUCAGCAAAGUCACAGAGAGCCUCAUGGAGGUGAUACUCUACCACCAGCCAGAUGACAAAAAGAAAAAUCGUGGCUUCUGUUUCUUGGAAUAUGAGGACCACAAGUCUGCAGCCCAGGCACGUCGGCGCCUCAUGAGCGGCAAGGUGAAGGUGUGGGGGAACCCUGUUACUGUUGAGUGGGCAGACCCAGUAGAUGAACCGGAUCCAGAGAUUAUGGCAAAGGUAAAAGUGCUGUUUGUGAGGAACCUGGCCACACCAGUCACAGAGGAACUCCUGGAGAAAACCUUCUCCCAGUUUGGGAAGUUGGAACGGGUCAAGAAGCUGAAAGAUUAUGCCUUUGUGCACUUUGAGGACAGAGAUGCUGCCGUGAAGGCAAUGCAAGAAAUGAACGGCAAAGAAUUGGAAGGCGAGGAGAUAGAGAUUGUUCUGGCAAAGCCUCCGGACAAGAAGAGGAAAGAGCGGCAGGCCCAGAGACAGCCAUCCAGGACCACAGGGUAUGAUGAUUACUACUACUACUAUCCUGCUCCACGCAUGCCACCUCAAAUGCGUGGCAGGGGGAGAGGCGGGAGAGGUGGAUAUUCAUACCCGCCGGACUACUACGGUUAUGAGGAUUACUACGAUGAUUACUACAGCGGUGGUUACGACUACCAUGACUACAGAGGUGGCUACGACGACCCUUACUACGGUGGUUACGAUGACGUCUACGUGCCGAGAGGAAGGGGCAGGGUGAAUCGAGGUGCCCCCCUCCCUGCCAGAGGCAGAGGACCACCACACCCUCGUGGCAGAGGUGGCUACGUCCAAAGGGGGGCUCCUAUGGGCGUACCGAGGGGGAGCCGUGGGGGCCGGGGAGGCCCGCCCCAGCUGCAGAGGGGCCGCGGCAUCAGAGGGGCCAGGGGGAACCGCGGGGGCAACGUGGGCGGGAAGAGGAAGGCUGACGGUUACAACCAACCAGACUCCAAGCGCCGGCAGACCAACAACCAGAACUGGGGCUCCCAACCCAUUGCCCAGCAACCCCUGCAACAAGGUGGCGACUAUUCUGGUAACUAUGGUUACAAUAAUGACAACCAGGAGUUUUACCAAGAUUCUUAUUGGCAACAAUGGAAGUAGAUAAAAAAAUGAACUUUUGAUUGCCUGUAUGUUAGAGCUGGGCGAUAUGGACAAAAAUCCAUAUCACGAUAAAUUGACCAAAUUAUCACGAUAACUAAAUUGAACAAUAUGUUUAACUUUAAAGGUCCAAUGCAGAUGUUUUUAUCUCAAUAUCAUAAUUUCUGGGUAACAAUUAAGUACUAUACUGUGAUUGUUUUCAAUUAAAAUGGUCAAAAAGAAACAAAAAUAGCUUCUUAACAAAACAAUUUUCAAGCAAGGAUUUUGCUAGGACUGUAUGGGAGUGGCUGUUAUGUAUGAGAGAUUUAACUUUUUAUUGGUCUAUUAACCAAUUUACAGGCAGGCCAAAACAUUUUACUUUUCAAACAGCUCUUACACUAAAAUGGCAUUAUCAUAAUUUUCCCUGUAUUAUUCCAACUUCAUAGUAUGGAAAUGUAUGUGAAACACAGCCAAAUCGCAUUUUUAGACUGCACUGGUCCUUUAAUGUGCACCACAUGUUUCGAUAUUACCCUUAAAACUGCUACUACUAUUUUGAAUGAUAUACCUAUCAAUUGUCCCAUUAACAGUAACCCAUAUUAGCAAACGUAUAUCAUAAUCAACUAUAGCAGCAAAAUGUCCACGAUAAGUGGACGGUGUCGAUAAUUUUCAGUUUAUCGUCCCAGCUCUACUGUGUGUAUAUAUCAACAUUCACAUUCUAAGGAAAUAGUAACAAAAAAUACAUGUUUAAAUUGGCUUAACAUUACCCUUUUUGAAAUAUAGAUUGGUUUCACUACAGUAACCAAUAUGGAGCAAAAGAGUACAUAUCAAAUAAUUUGCUUAAUUUGUUCUAAUCCUUUUUUGCUUUUCUUGUGGCUACUUGGGACAUUUUGGGCUUAAAAAGCAAGCCUAUUAUUUUUUUAAAGUAAAUUAUAAUUUAUAUAUUUUUUAAGUUGGCAUUUAUAGGAAAAAGUGGACAAUCAUUUAAAAAAAUAACAAUUAUUUGAGAAAGCAUUUGCAAUCAUGAGAACUAUUCAGUGACUGGUGACCAACCCCUUCCCAGAACCCCCUCCUUAUUGGACAUUUUCCUCCCCUACCUCUGAUAGGUAGACAUAGGACAUUGCUUGUACGCUUUAAAGUGAGAGCUGUUGCAGAGGUGGGUAAAAAAAGGAAAAUUUGACUUUUUCAUGUACCGUAACAGUUGCGUUAAAGUUGUAUGUUUAGCAUUUGUAGAAGUAGACAAACUAUGUUUUUCUAAAUGUGUUACUACAACUUAAACUAUUUUCUCUCAAAUUUCCCCUUUUAGUUAAUGGGUCUGGCAAAAACUUAAUCGCCAAGACAAUUUGUUCUUUGUUGUGUUUGUAUUUAUAAAAAUGUUAUUGUUACCUUUCAAUAAAACUCAACCAUACUACAGUGAA